CCAGAAGUGGAGCUGUGUGGUGAAUAUCUGCAGACCUCAGCUCUCAGACUGUUCUCUGAUCUUCAGACCAGAAUAGGAGCUUUACCUGGAACAGGGUCACCUCUACAGGUCUGGACCCGGACUAAAACCGGACUAGAACUGAGUUAGAACUGUGUGAAAGUCAUUCUGAAGGAGGAACAGCGCCAGGAACACUCAGAACUCAGGAAAUCAGACAGACAGAGCUCUGUGGACACUCUGACCAGCCGCUGACUCACAGGCCUGAUGGGAAAAAGAGGUGGAAACUGAUCUGCAGCUCUGAGGCACGGCGGCAAGGGUUCUCUUUGGAUUCUCUCGGUGUAGGUGUUCUGCUGUGGUGAUGGUGGUUUAGAGGGUGUUUCUGGUGAGGCGUCUGCAGUGAGAAGGUUACAGGAUGAGCUCUGAAGAGCAGAACUCCUCGUCAGUGUCGGAGGUGACGUCCCCCACCUCCACCCUGCCUCCAUCCUCCAGCUCCAUAUCUCUACCCCUCAGCGAGGACAGCGACUCCUCCACUCAGGACGGCAAACAGCAGGGCGGCUGGGAGCUGGUGGACAGCUUGCGGGAAGCGAAGAGUGACGUUCAGAAACUAGAGAAGCAGGAGGGAUUCCUGCUGAAGAAGAGAAAAUGGCCAAUGAAAGGCUGGCACAAGAGGUAUUUCCUUCUGGAGAAGGGCAUCCUGAUGUACGCCAAAACACUGGCCGACCUGAAGAAGGGGAAGCUGCGUGGUCGUAUUGAUGUGGGUCUGUCUGUAAUGUCCAUCAAGAAGAAAGCCAUGUGCAUCGAUCUGGAUACAGAGGACAGCAUCUACCACCUGAAGGUGAAGACGCGGGAUCUGUUCGAUGGCUGGGUCUCUCAGUUGAGGAAUCAUCGCGUGUUCCGGCAGAACGAGAUCGCAAUGGACCCUCACGAACGCCAGCUACACCCAGACUCCGCCUCCCUCCGCCGGAAAGCUACAGUCUGUAAGCAGCCGUCUCUGAUGUUGAAGAACAGUUAUCUGCAGAGCUCUGAGGACAUGAGGAGGUGCUGUAGAGAUCUGUCGGAGUGUGAGACGUCUCUGCUGGAGCUGAAUCUGCUGCUGAAGAACAUGGAGGUUCUCCAUCGCACGUUCUCCGCCCCGUCUAUAAACACACUACAGACUGAAGGUUCUAAGAAGGAGAAGAAAGGACGGAGAUGGAGAUCCAGAAACCACAGCAAAAAUGGCAAAAAUAACCUGCAGGCUUCUGGAUCUAAAUCCUCUCGUCUCCACGUCUCAAACCCUAAUCUGACGUAUUCAGAACCGAACAGCCCCGAGACCGAGACCCAGACCCACCUCGAGACCCCGGACUCCCCCAUCCACGCCUCGCGCCUGCAGGAGGAGUUCUGUAGACUCGCCAGUAACGUUCAUGCCACCCUGAAGUCGGCGUACUCGUCCCUGUGCUCAGAGAGAGACCGGGUCCGAAACACCCUGGACUUACGGAACGCCCACGAAAUGGACGUGAUGGACGGGCACCACCCCCUUCUGCAGCAGGCGUCCAAUGGGAGUCGAAGCUCGAUCCCGGACUCGCUGUCCGAGUUCUUCGAUGCUAAUGAGUACCUGCUGUCUGCCAGCUCCUCCGAGAACGAGCUCUCAGAUAAUGACUCCUGUGUAAGUGAUGUCAGUGACAAUGUAUCUGUGGACUUCUGCCCGAGUGAGACUGGAGCAGAGAGAGAAAACACAGACAGCAGUAGUGUGAGUGUGAUGCCCCGGCGCUCUCGUUUACCCAGUGCGUGUGUGAGUGAGGGGGUGAAUCUCUGGAGUAUACUAUACUCUAACAUCGGGAAAGACCUCUCUAAAGUCUCCAUGCCCAUCCAGCUCAACGAGCCAAUCAGCACGCUGCAGAGACUGUGUGAGGAGAUGGAGUACUGCCACCUGCUGGACACAGCCGCACACACACACGAUCCAGACAUGCGCAUGGUGUAUGUAGCAGCGUUUGCAGUGUCGGCGUAUGCAUGCUCUUACACCAGAGCUGGCAUGAAGCCCUUUAACCCGAUUCUGGGGGAAACGUACGAGUGUGAGCGCCCAGACAAGGGCUUCCGCUUCAUCUCAGAGCAGGUCAGUCACCACCCCCCUGUGUCUGCGUGCCACUGCGAAUCCAAGAACUUCACACUGUGGCAGGACGUGCGGUGGAAGAACAAGUUUUGGGGGAAGACGAUGGAGAUCGUGCCCAUGGGUACCACCCACAUAGUGCUGCCACGGUUUGGGGAUCAUUAUGAGCUGAACAGAGUGACGUCCUGUAUUCAUAAUAUUCUGAGUGGUCAGAGGUGGAUUGAGCAUUAUGGAGAGAUGACCAUCAGAAACAGGGCGGCUGCAGAAAACGCAGGUCACUGCAAAGUUACCUUCUACAAGGCGAGUUCUCGGGGUCUGAAGGUUAAUAAGGUGGAGGCGGUGGUUACUGAUGCAGAAGGGCGAGUGGUUCACUCUCUGUUUGGUAAAUGGAACGAGGCCCUGUUCCUCGGAGAGCCGCCCUCAGCCCUGUGCGUCUGGAGAGCAAAUCCCAUGCCGGAGGAUCAUGAGCAGUUCUAUGGAUUUACUCAGUUUGCGAUUGAGUUAAACGAGUUGGACGAGAACAUCAAACCCUUCUUACCUCCAACAGACACUCGCUUUAGGCCAGACCAGAGGUUAUUGGAGGAGGGGAACGUCUCGGCGGCUGAAGAACAGAAGGAGCGAAUCGAGGCUCUGCAGAGGGAGAGGAGGCGUGUCCUACAGGAGAACAACAUGAGCCACGCCCCUCGCUUCUUCAAGCGGUCGGAGGAUGACGCGUGGCUGAGCAACGGCACGUACUGGGAGCUGAGGAAAGAUCCCGGCUUCAGCAAACUGGACUUCCCUUUACUGUGGUGACGAAACCAGGACUUUCCCUGAGUGCUGCACUGGAUCUGAACUGGGGGAAAGCUGUAGAUGUGUUGGACAUUUGAGACACCAAGUGGGCAACACUAAAUAAAUAUUAAACAGACGUUUACUGAGGUCUAAAUGAUACAAAAAUUAUUGUUUUAAUUAUUGUUAUAAAUAUUUAAUUGGUGUGCAGUAAUUGCAUUAAUACUCCGGUGUAUUGUAUGGGCAUUUUACCAUUUUACAUUGAUCAUAAUGUAAAAAAAUGCAGUUUUUGGCUGAAAACUAAAUAGAACAAAUCAGGCAUUUGGUACAAACCUGAACACUGAUUACUAGCUUUAAUUAAUAGCUUUAAUAUAUAUAUUUAUAUAUAUAUAUUUGUCUUGCUUUUCAAUGUAAAAAAAUAUAUAUAUAUGUAUGUCUUUUCUCUUAUUCAGUCAAAAAUGGAAAAAGCUUUUUUGUUUGCGAUUUUCAACCAAAUAACUAAUAAUUCCUAAUUAUUUCCUGUAUGUUUUCAAUAAUUGCAAAAUAUCGACCAAAGAUCCAACAAUUUAUGCUGUUUUCACCUCAUAAAGUCCAGACCAAAGCCUUCAACCAA